AUGGCCAAGUUCACAAGGGACGAAUGGUUGCAUGGAAUGGGAUUACUUGAGAUCUCCUCAUUACCGGUUCUAGCACAAUCUUUGAGAGAGCUUGAAGAUCUUCUCAUUCGUGAUAAGGAAGCGCUCGCUCGCUCGACUUCUACCUCAAGUCAAGGCAAGAAGCGUGGCGGUGCGAGUACAAAAGAGCCCUACAACCGGACUCGUUACAGGGAGUAUGCUUCUGACCGCAAGACUGCUUUCGCAGAUCUCUAUCAGUUUUGCUUCACGCUUGCGAAGCCACCACAAGCACGAAACAUCGACUUAGAGACAGCAAUGGCGCUGUGGUCUGUACUCCUUGCUCCACGAUAUCCAAUUAUCAACGAUUUGAUCACCUUCUUGCCUAUGAAGGGCACAUACAAAGGUGCAAACAAAGAUAUCUGGAAUAUGGUCCACGAGUUCUGCCGCGUUGUGGACCCUUCCUUGUCUAAUUAUGAGGCUGAUGGGGCUUGGCCAUCGUUACUCGAUGACUUUGUUGCAUGGAUGAAGAUUAAGACAGAUGGUGGCGCGGAGCCUGUUCCAGCCAAGGAGGAGUGA